AGGCUGUAACGCAGAACCAAGAGUGGCGAGAGGCAUUCACAGAUAUUUUUUUUUUCUCUACAUUUUCUUCAGAGCUUUCAGUGUUUUGUGGUUCAUCUUUCUUCUCCUUCUCCCCCCUCUGCAACACCCCGCUUCUCUGAAUCCCUUUCUGUUAAUCAUCUGUCUUUCAAGCUAAGAUUUUCGGGUUUGUCUUUUAACUCACUAAGAAGCAAACUUAGAAGGAUUUCUCGAAAGCCAGGUGUUUUCAGAAUCGAGAUCCAGGUUUUACUGUCAAAAUUCGCUUGUAAAAUUUUGAUCCCCUCCCCCAUUUUUUUUUCCCUUUGAAACUAGCAAAGAGGGUUAUUUUUGAUCCCUCGAAGUUUAAUCUGAUUUUAAGACCCCGGACCGAGGAGGUUGUCUAUUUGAAAUCUCCUUCAUCCUUUCUUUGUAGAAAAAGUUUUUUUUUUUUUUUUUUAGUUUUAUCUUUGUUUUUGAGAUCCGGUGUAUUAAUUAACCACCUGUUCUUCAGUUUUAGAAAGACGCAGGUUGAAUUGAUCUGAUGGCAGCCAUGAUGGGUUUUUACAGCAGCACCGAGUUUCAACUUCCCUCAGAUCCGUUCAGGGGUGAACUAAUGGAAGUUCUUGAACCUUUUAUGAAAAGUCCUUCCUCAACCCCUUCCUUUUCUUCUUCACCCCCUUCUACUUCUUACUCUCCUUCUCCCAUCUACUUCCCCUCCUCACCCUCCUUCCCUAUUAUGUACUCAAACAACUGCUCCGCAUCGAUGACCCAUGCUUUUGCCGACGGGUUAUCCCAAUCCAACACCCAAAACAUCAUAGGCUUCGCGCAAGGACAACCAACGUCUCUUCUCGGCCUCAACCACCUAACCCCCUCUCAGAUCUCUCAGAUCCAGACUCAAAUCCAGAUCCAGAGCCAGCACCACCAGAAUCCCAACACCCUCAACUUCCUCGGGACCAAGCCCAUCCCCAUGAAGCACGUGGGCAUGCCUCUCAAGCCCACGAAGCUCUACCGAGGGGUGCGGCAGAGGCACUGGGGGAAGUGGGUGGCUGAGAUCAGACUCCCCAAGAAUCGGACCAGGCUCUGGCUCGGGACAUUCGAUACCGCCGAGGAAGCCGCUCUGGCGUACGACAAGGCCGCGUACAAACUCCGAGGUGACUUCGCCAGGCUUAACUUCCCCAACCUCCGCCACCAGGGUUCCUCGGUGGGCGGAGGGUUUGGGGAGUACAAGCCGCUCCAUUCCUCCGUUGACGCCAAGCUUCAGGCCAUAUGUGAAGGCCUGGCUGAGAUGCAGAAACAGGGGAAGACCGAAAAGCCUCAGGGUUCGUCGAAGAGGUCGCGAUCCAAAGUGGCUCCUCCGGCAGAGAAGGCUGAUUCUGACAAGGUUUCGGACGACAAGACCAUCAACAACUGCUGCAAGGUGGAAGCUUCGUCGUCUCCUGUUACGACUGAGAGCGAGAGUUCCGAAGGUUCUUCGCCUCUGUCGGAUCUGACGUUUGCUGACGUGAGCGAGCCUCAGUGGGAAGGUGAUUCGGAUACUUUUAAUCUCCACAAGUACCCCUCUUAUGAGAUCGACUGGGAUUCUCUGUGACGAAGUGUUCGGAAAUUUGAAGUCUAUGUUUAUGUAUUGAAGCGUCGUGUAGUCUAUAGUAUAUUUGUAGGUGUUAGUGUCUCUUUCAGGUGGCCACUGCAAUGGAGUUUUUGGCAAUUGCAGGGCUAGUUUUAGUUAAAUUACUAUUCUGUCAAUAUCUUGUAUAAUCUCUAUCUACCUUGGGUCAGAGCUGAAUUUUUUCUUGCUUGACCUGGGAGAAUUAGUCCAGUUAUGUUUCAAGUCUUACUUAAUGGAAUUAUGAUAUGAAUAUUGUAGCUGUGAUCAA